CACAAUAUGGCGGGCAAAAAGCGAAGUAUUCACGCAGCGUCAGCGUCUUCCACGCAAGCGGCCCCAGCCGCCAAAAGAAUUCGCUAUGACCAUACCAUUCCUACUCCGACUCCGACUGCAGGCCCAUCAACAAGCGCGUCGUUGUCCAGCCCAACAGUUCCCGUGCAAGCUUCUCGUUCGCCUCGAAAGAAAGCUACUACAGCAAGCGCGAAGCCCACUGUCGAGAAACGGCUAGCACGGUUCAAGUCGAGCUGCCCACAAAACAUUGGAGAGCGUGUUGGUCGCGUCAUGUCUCAACGGUUCUUCAUGGUGGAUCGAGAACGCGUUGGAGAGGAGCUGAAGGAGGAGUUCAAGGUCCUUGGGUCGACGGGGAACAUCUACACCGUCACAGUCGCGCAUCUCCCCAGCUGCGACUGUCCCGAUGCGAGUAAAGGGAACCAUUGCAAACAUAUCCUGUUCGUUUUUCUGAAAGUCUUGCAAGUGCCCCAGUCGUCCCAGAGCUGGUACCAAAAAGCACUCCUCACCACCGAACUCGAGGAAAUAUUUGCCAAUGCGCCGGUAGCACCGAAUUCGGUCACCAAUCCACGCAUCCGCGAGGCCUACGCCAAGGCAGUCGGCAAAACAGUCCCGGAGCAGGCCAGCGCCAGCCAAACUAAAAAACGCAUGCCGGCCGAGGACGACGACUGUCCGAUCUGCUAUGAUGAAAUGCACAGCGUCGCGGAAACGAGUUUGGUGUUCUGCGAGUCGUGUGGGAACGCUGUUCACAAAGAGUGCUUCGGGCAAUGGCAAAACACGUCGCGCAACCAGGGCAAGCCGUUAACGUGCAUCUACUGCCGUGCUUCGUGGCCCAGUGCCGGUGCCGCAAGCGGGAGCGGAGGAAAUAGGGGUAGAGCAGGGAUGAGUGACGGUUAUGUGAAUCUAGCAGGUGUCGCUGGUGUCAGUCCACAAAGGGACACAUCGUCUUACUACGAUGGACCAAGACGUGGACGAGGAUAUUACGGUUAUCGCGGCCGCUAUAACCCAUACGAUUAUGACUAG